AGAGAUAUGUUUGUUUUUAUUACUUGGAGCAAUAAGUAGGGCGGGGUUUAGAUCAUCUUUAUCAUUUGGCUCGCUGAUUGACUCCACUAAAACACAUAGUUGCUUUUGAGAAAAACAAACACCCGUUCUGCUGGUGGGAGGAGUCAACUCUUUCUUUUCUUUUUAGCGACAGUAACUACAACCUGAACCGAAAAGUUAAAAAAAAAUCUUCUUGUUGAAGUCAACAUGUCUUUGUUUAGUAAUAUGUCUGCAGAGGAAAUUAGCUAUCUGUUGGAUGAACACGGCAUAAAGCACGGCCCCGUGGUCGACUCCACCAGGAAUCUGUACGAGAGAAAGCUCAAAGAAGCCAUGGCCAAAAGAAAGCAGGCCAAACCAUCUCCUGAUAAAACUUUCUACAGGGAGGAAGAGGAGGAAGUCACCUAUGUGUACCGGACACCGACCAAAAGUGAAAACUUUAUGGAGAGACCGUAUAUGAGGUCAAAGACUGCAGAGGAGUUGGAACACAGUGCUUCCUACUCUGGUUACUCGAGGUCCAGUGAAUACAGAGGAAGGGAUUAUGAUGAGCUAUCGCACAAAUUGCCCGUGGGCCCGAAAACAGCUCCCAUCAGAUCAGGUCAAGAUGCUCCAAAGGCGCCAAAGUCCCCUCGUCUCAUCCCGCUGUGGGUUCAGUUUUUGUGCUUUCUGGCUGUGGCCGUCUUCCUCUACUUUGUUUUCUCCAGUAUGGAGAGCAGUGAACCUCUUAAAGUGAUAGAAUGAUUUCAGGAUGGUUAACUGCAUGCUGAUGAAAGGGUUUUUAUGGUUUCUUUACGCUUAUUGAAGCAUCAGCUUCACACAGCAACAAAGAGAAUUCCACUGUUGUGGCUUGUUUGCAGAGCAGCUAUUUUGCUAUUUAAUCUUGUAUUUUUUGAGCUUUAAAAGCCACCAGCUUGCUGCUGUCACUUUGUCCCACGGUUCUUUAAACAUCUAAAUUUGGGUACAAAAGAACUUACCGGAAUUUUUACUUUGUCAUUUGUGAAGCUGUUUGCUGCACCGCUUGUGUAAGAAGAAGAUAAAACUGUCGUUUUUUAAUCAUCUUGUGUCUUCCUUCAAAUUUGUUCUAAAGUUGAUAAGCUGGUGUUCUAGAUCUUUUAGAUAAUUGCAUUGAUGUAUUUUGAAACCCUAGUGCCCAUAUGUCUACAUUGGGGGGGUGUUUUAAAUGUGUCAUCUGUAAAUUAAGUUGAUUUCUGACUGUUUUUUCCCCACAAAAAUACUAAAACAAGCAAAUAUUUCUCAGUAUUUUUGAAACCACUUUUGUACUUUAUAAUUCACACAUGGGGCUUGGUUUCAUUGUAAAAAUAAAUAAAUAAAGAGCUUCUAUAAGAAAA